AUGGCAGAAAUCGUGUCAAAGCGCAAGCGUUCAGGCAGUGAUGCAGUAGCAAUGAUGAAGAAGCUCUGUUUAGACGCCGAUAACCCAGACCACGAGAUGGAAGUUGAGGACAAUGGCGAAGAGAUCCAGUGCGAAGACACCGACGAAAUUUCGGACGAUGGUGAUUCUGAUGACAACAUGGAGAUGGUUACUGAUCUCAUGCAAAAUUUGACUGCUUUUGAUGUUGAGGAGCAGAACAAGAAAGCUAAAGAGCUCGCGGCCGAAAUCGCCGCCAACGAGGCACGCAUGGAGGCCAGGAUGAAUCCACGCGGGGCCACAAUCGAGAUGCGAAUCUGCUGUAACGAUCAAUUUGCUACCACUCCAUUCAUGAUCCCCGCCCACCGUGCGGCAAAGAUGGAGUGCAUCCUCGAGAUCAUUGAAGAAAGAUUGCCAGUCAGCUUUCCGAAUGCUUACGACGAAGACUUACAGUACUCGCCACUACACGUCUUGACGCCACCUGUAUUGCUCCUCCAAGAAACUUCAUACAAGGUCAAGCACUUGAAAUUCACCAAAUGGGUCACCACUGAAUAUCCUCAUGAUACAGCGAGCUACCUCAGAUGGUACAUUCGCAAUGUCCAGUACGGAGAAGAGCCUAAACUUCGUGUCGAAGUUCGUAUUCGCACCAAUGGUACCAUGGAACCCUUCAAUCUGGUCAAGGAUGCUGGGAAGGGAUAUUUCAAGCUCGGGUUGAACUUGUACCACAUAUUGGAGACGGAUGCCGAGACAGAAAGCGAUGCAAUGAAACUUGUGGACAAGCUUUGCCGUCGUGAGCCAUUGCUCUGGGUGGAUCUGACAGAAGUCGAUACCAAUAACUACUUCCCCGAUCGCCGUUCCAAGUACGAGAAGUUCGGUCGAGCUGUCCAACAGAUCAAUGGUGGCUGGAAGAUUGAGUAUGAUGGUGACAAUUGA